CAUGCUGAGCACGAAAUUAACCGGAUUGGUACAUGACUUGCAAUUCACCAGCAAACAGGUGGAGCACUACGAGGUGGAAGAAGACAAGGACAGGCCAGAGCACGGGAUAAUCAGGCGGCCGCUGUUGAGUGAACGCCUGCUGCGCUAUCAGCCGUGGAGCCUCUCCUCUGACGACGACUUCAGUGCGCUGUGCAAGGAGCGGCAGCCAGAGGCUUCGGAAAUGUUCAGUCUCGCUGAUGAACUGUACGCCCUCCAUCGUGUCUACUGGUCCACUACAGCUGAGUACAUCGAUACAUUAUACGAAGAUGAUUUCAAGAUUGUAGAGGAGGAGUGGCAGCUGGAGGACAGAAGCCACGCUACGCUCUCCGUGGACACUGACUGCGUGCAGCUGUUGGUGAACGCCCUGGACCACCCCACGUGUCCGCUGGAAGACCUGCCACUGGAAGCCGUGAAGCAGCGCGAGCAGUGCCGCGAGCAGCUGUGGGACGACGUGGUGCAGAGGUCGCCCCACAUACCCGUCACCAGCUACCUGGCCUACACGCAGAGGAUAAACGUCAACCUCUGUCUGCUGGCCUGGAUGGCGGUCAACUCGUACGGCAUUUGUCAGGACGUCCCGUUUAGUAUGAUACAGUCCGUGCACGAUGCUCGCUGCUAUUUCGAUAGUCCCGACGAUCAAUCAUGUCUGCAGUCGAACGCUACAGACGCCAUCUGCUCUGUUUCCAGAGCUAUUCUGUUGCUAAAGUGUCGCAACUUUUCCUCCAUCAGGACUUCCCAUGAUUGUACGUUGACUAAUUCCGCAAUGGGAUUAAUGCGUAAUAGUAGCAGUGGACUGCAUCCAAAGCUAACAGAAGAAACACUGAACUACAAAAACAGUUUAACCAACGCCACCUUGAAAUACAAGGAUUUCAAAAUAGACAGCUUGAAGCCUUUAGAAAUCUCAUUUAUACUGAUAAAUAUCAUUUUCCGUUUUUCGACUGCCGGAGUAUACAUGUACCUUCCCCAGUUACGUAACUUGCCUGGAAAGAUUUUCUUGUCCUUUCAGAUCACGUGCAUAACCCAGAUCCUGUGUUCUGAGGUCGUGUAUCGUAUGGCAGGCGUCCCUGACUUACCUACAGCAGUGCUGAUAGACAGCGCCCUCACACUUCUCAGCUGUAUCUGGCUGAACUCAUUCUGCUACCACAUGUAUGCUUGUGUUCGCCACCUCAGGCUUCCUGACCAGCUACUACCUGCUGAAGUAAGCCAGUUAUUCCGUCGUGAGGUGCUGUACGUGUUUAUACCGUGGAGUAUAGUAUGUGUGGCAGCUGUUGCUUUGGAAAAGACGAGUAAAUAUUACCUGAUCCACAGUCGCAUAGUAGUCCUUGCAGGGAUUUCAGUGUCUGUGACAUUCAACUUGGUUUGUCUCGGACUGAUUGGAUACAUGUACCUACGUACUCGGUGCUCCAUGCGGCAACUCAAAAUUGUUGAUAACAAGAAAUUUGCCUCAAAGAAGCAAUGUCUUUUUAUGUCAGUUAAGGCCAUUAUAUUAAGUGGAACAGGAAUUAUUAUUAGAACUGGGUUCCACCAGGCUCAGGGAAUAGCGCAGUUUGUGUACUAUAUGCAUCUAGUUACGAUGCUGCAAGGACCAGUGCUCUUCGUCUGUUUCGUUUGCAAUGGAACGACGCUCCCCAUACUGAAGAACAGGAUACUUCUUUGGUGGAACCCAACCAACAUCCCUGCAGGUCUAGAGCUGUGUUCGGCAGCCGAGAGGAAUCUGGCCAGGAGAAACAAUGAACAGUCUCCCUUUUCAGAAUCCUCACUGUAGCCUCCUUCAGUAUUUUUCGCAAAUAACCGUUUCCACACUACACUGCAUUAAACCCAACAAUAAAAAUGGACUCUACCUGGUAUGACAAUAUUAAAUGUCAUUAAAUCUGAUAUCGUACAGCCAGUACUUCUCUUUCCUAACGUCCCCUUCAUUUAUAACUGUGUGCUUAGUUGUGAGUGGUAGCCUCUGUCUACCUAUUCUAAUGCACUGAGACUACUUACUAAAAUUGUUGGGAAAUGCUUUGUGUAUACAACAGGCUACCUGAAUCCCACGGCCUGUUAUAUACAAGGAAAACGCAGCACGUUGUCGGAGGAAUUCCCGUUCGUCAGUGUCAUCUACCGUGUCGAUGGUGCAUUUCUGGACACAUGUUCGUAGGACGUUUUUUCUCCGUUUUCCUUCGAGGAUCUGUUUUUGCAGUUUGUCGGUUUUAUUAAUGUAUAAUGUAUGAUAUUAGUAUAUAACAUUAUGUCUGAAACAAGGAAAUUUUCCAUAUGUGUUUGAAAGAUGUAGUCUUACACGAUUUGUAAUUCACGUACCAUGACAAGAGACAUUCAGAUACUUAUAAAAUCAAAAGAGAGGGGCCAAUGACUGAAGUGGUGUGUGCAUGAAAGUUUAAAUGGGUUUGUUGAGCUUAUUAGUGGUUCGAUGACAUAGAGUGGCUCAAACAGGUAUAGUAAUAAAGUAACAAAUGACUUGUUGUGUGAAAUGUGGCUUGAUGUGAACGCAAAGUGUCGAAUGGCAGAGUUAUAUGAGAUUAGCGUUAUUGGGUUUGUGAGACAAGAUGGUGAUUUGUGAAGCUAGAGGUUUGUAAGGGUACUAUGGCAGAUGUUAAUAGUUGAUGUUCCAUGUGCCACUCUUGAGCAAGGAAGAACAUUACUUAAAGGCGUAUUUACAGAAACAGUACUGUGGAAGGAUAAACUCGUGCCAGUACUGUGAGUCCUGGAAAACAUGUGCCAUAGUAGCUUCACUAGAAGCACACAGUACGCCGAAAUUGUUGUGAUUCGUAAUAAAUAGACGAUCUUCCAUUUGUUCAAAUAAAACCUGAGUGAGCAAAGUAAA